GUAAUUUCUCAAAGUUAUGGCCAUAUCACACUGAAAACAUCAGUUCUCGUCCGAUCACCGAAGUUAGGCAACGUCAACUGUAGAUUGUAUUUAGAUGGGUGACCACUUGGGAAACUUGCGUAAGCAUCUUUUCGGCUCAGAUGUGGGUUUGUGCUUGAGAAGUUCACUUCAUAACUACAUGAUUUUAGGUUCAAUCCCCUAGCAUGACACUUUCAGCUUCUAUCUUAUAUCACCGCCUCGGUUCGACCAAAGAUUUGUAAACCUAUGUGAAAUUUGAUAGACGAAAACUAUCGGCGGAAUCGGCCCUGUUUUGUGAUGAUUGAUUUAAUUCAUCAGCUGGUCUAGUAUCAUCACAUGUCCCAUAUGUACCUUUAGUAGAGUUUACUCUUACAAACAUUCAGACCAAGUCUCCACUCCGAUGAUGACUCGUGUCCAAGAAUUUCGGAGACCCUGAAAUGGGUCAGAGACGCUGCCCUUCUAACCAAGCCAUUUUUGUAUCAGUAUAUCCUGAAAUCUUUGACGUUUUAUUUCUUUCACAUGGAUCUAUGUUUGUGAGAUGGAGAACGCUGCUCUGCGAAGGUCUAUGACAAAACUUUUCGUGGUCCGCUGAAAAAUCAUGCACCACAGAUCAGAGUAGAAAUUAAACGUUAAGAUCUGAAACCAUGGAUACAAGUGUCCAACGCCGUCUAGUGCAUCAGAAUAGUGAAGGGCAAGAUGUUGAAUCUGAGGAUUCAGACGAAGAACAGAAAUACCUCCAAGAUCCUGGAGAGUUUGCUUACAACAAAAGAGUGAGCGUACCUGCCAUUCCUGGUAUGUUAAUUGUCUUAGGACUUGUUGGAGAAUUGUUGUUAUGCUUUGUAAGCAUUGGUGCUGUCGUUACUUUUCUGUUGGAUUACCUGGGUGAAAAGAAAAGAUGUGUCAUGGUGUUUGUUUUUACAUUUUUCAUGUGUCAUAUCCUAGCUAUUUAUUCAAUAUUUCCAUUAAUAUGGUUGUCUUGGUUAAAUGUUGCUCUCAUCCUUAUUGCCAACUUCUUUAUAUUAUUGAUUGGUGGCUGGAUUAUAUUGCAGUUCUCUGCAUUUCGCUGUGAAGAAUUUGAACUAUGUUUGACUAUUGAAAAGCUGCUAUUUACUGCAUUCCCUGCUCUGUCUGUGGCAUUAUGGAUAUGGGCAACAAUGUCUGUUGUAAAACUAAGCCUGCUGCCUUAUCUUACAAUAGCCUUUGGAUUUGGGCUUCUCCAGUUAUUUUUAGUUCCUACAGCUUCAUCUUUCCGAAUGCACUUGGGACAAGAAGACAAUAUAAUUGAUCCCCCACUGACAGGGCUCAUGACCUUAUUAUAUAUAUUUUCACCAAUAUUCUUAUUCUUCUCUGCUUCAAUCUUGUCAAAGGAUGUCUCAGUCUUGUCAACAAAUUUCCUGGUUGAAAUGGUGUUUGUUGUCAGUGCCAGCAUAUUCCUAGCAACCCUUCUUCCAAUCAGGCAGUUCACAGAGCAUUUAGGAAUUUCCUACCAGCAGGUGGUUCGGCUGAGAUGGCUAAGUGGCAUGAUUACAACACUCCUUUGUUAUCAAAUCCUGAAUUACUAUGGGCUUACAUCGCAUUACCUCCCUUGGCUGCCAGCUGGCAUUGCAGCACAUGUUGCUUUUGGAGUUUUUCUCAGUAGCAUUCGAUUCAAGAAUUUCUCCCUAGCUGGCUUUGCAGGUCUUUCACUGCUUCACAGUUUCUGGAUAUCCAGAGUCCCCUGGUCAAUUAAAUUAUUUAUUGCUGACAACAUCCCUAUUAGUAUGCUCUAUGGUACAAUCUGGAUUAAUGCCCUUCUCUGUCUCACCUGUGCCUACCUGGCUUCCCAUGGAGAAAAGAAUUCUUUCAGUUUUUUUAUCGUCUUACAAACUGCAGUUUUUACAUCAUCUGAGAUACUGUUGUUCCAUGCCAAGUUUUAUUCUUCGUCCAUCGUACUGUUUUCAGGAUUGAUUGCACUAUAUUUAUUAUACAGAUUGACAGUAGUAGAGAAAUUACAACCCUAUGUAUCCCUGAUUUGUACAUCAGUCCAUCUAACCAAAGUAACCAGCCUCUUACUUUCAAUGCUUCCUUAUACCAAAAUCAACAGCAUGGCAAAAGUGUUUUAUUUGUUCCUCAUGAUAUUACAAAUGCUGAAAACAUUUGUGAUGGACUCCAAACUAAAGCUGUCUGCUAAACAGGUCACUUUGCAUAUUGUUGGUGUAAGUUUGACAUGUGCCUUAAAUGUAGAACCUCUACUAUCAAUGUUGUGUUAUUACUUCAUGGACAGUCAACCAUCUUUGUCUGACAUUACAGGUGUAAUACUGAUGAUAACUGGUCUAUCAGUAAUGAUACUACUCUCUAUGUGCUCUGAUAUUAAAUCCCCUGUCACCCAUUCAGGCCCUUUGUUGGUAUUUGUUGGUGCCCUUAUUGUCUAUAUUCAACCCAGUUGGUCAGUCAGUUGGCUGUCUGUCUUGCAGUGGGGAAAUAUUAUCAGUGUGCUGUGUAUGGUGCUUCUCUUUUUAUACACCAAGCCACUACCACUUGCUGUCGUUAUGUCAAUAUCAGCUGCCAUCUCUGUAUGUCCAACUUACAGUGUUAUCAUGCAAAAGUUUUACAUCAGAACCAGCUUAAGUGAAGGCUUACACCUACUCUAUAUCCUGAUAUGUAGUUGUGUUCUCUCUUUUAUCACAACUGUCGUCAAAUGGCGAACUGCUGGAAAAUCCUUUGAGAAGAAUAUUUCUUUUCUGUGUAGUUGUAUGGCAGUCUUUGGUACUUUAAUCAUUGGAUUUGAUUACUUUACAAUCACUUCAGAGAACUUGACUUACAGAGCAUGUUGGCAGGUGCUAAGUUUUUCUGGUUGUGUUGUCAGCAUCUCACUUCGUCUCAUUGGAAACAAAGUUAAGCAAGAAAUAUUGGUCAAUGAGACAAAUGAUAAAUCUUAUCCAUUACUUCCCAUUCUUGGAAAUAUAGCUGCCAUUGUUUCUUACCUUGUUCUUUGCAUGCUGUCACCUGCUACUGGCUUCUUAAGAGAUGUUUGGUAUUGUGGUGUCUCCGUCAUUCUAAUUUGUCUGCAGAAAGACCGUCACAUAUUACAGCGGUUAAGCAACAAGAACCAGACAGUCCCCACAAUUUUCACAGUAGCAUUCAUACUUUGGAUUCAAACCUUCCUUCAUUGUGACAUCUGGUUUACUGCUGAGCUUAGCAGCUCUAUCCGAAGUGCAAUGGAACUCAUCAUCAUCUUCAUCACAACACCUGUUUAUAUUGUCUUGUGGAGCAUCCUCUGGGUUGACGAAAUUCGACUGAAUGAGAAACUGGUCAUCUUCCUUAUGCCCCUUAACUCUCUGCUCUUUCUAGUUGGCAGCACUUACACUGCAUGGGCUUUGGGUGCAUUUGGCAUAUUUUCUGGUGUUUGGAUGAUGUCAUACAAAUUACCACUGGAAGUGGACACUGUGUAUGAAGACUCCUGAAGCAGCAAUAAACUCUAUCUGUGAUAUGAAGAGGUGAAAGAUUACUUAACCUUAUUUUAUGGACCAUAGCCAUUGUAAAUGGGAAUGUGUGACAGAGAUUAAAUAUAAAUAUCUAUUUUUGUGAAAAAAGAACUCUAUAUCCCCAUUAAUCCAGUUGGUAUAUUGGAGUUGAUUGAUUCUUUGGAUAACUUUUAAUCUCAGUUACUACAGUAAGGUCCUCCAAUGGUGAAAAAAAAAUGAGAAGAGAGAUGGAAAAGAUAUUUAAAAAGUACAGUUAUUUAUUAUUGUUGUUAACAAUAAAGCAAUACAUAAUAUUACUCAUCAUCACCAUCAUCAUCAUCAUCAUUAUUAGGACAGUAGACUGGCUGAAUUGUUGGAAGGUUGGAAAAAUUACUUUGUGAUAUUUGUUCUGGCUCCUUACAUUCUGUGUUCAAAUAUCACCAAGGUCAACUUUUCCUUUCAUCCUUCCAGGGGUUCAUAAAAUAAAAUUCCAUUCAAUUAUUGAGAUCUAUGUAACUGGCUACCCUCCUUCUCUCAACAUUGCUUGCUUUGUGCCAAAGUUAUUGUUAUUAUUAUAAGGCGGAGAGCUGGCAGAAUGCUUAAUGGUAUUUCACCCAUCACCGAGGUCAAUUUUGCCUUUCAUCCUUUUGGGGUCGAUAAAUUAAGCACUAGUCAAGUACUGGGGUCGAUAGGGUCAACUUACUCUCUCCCCACAAAUUUCAGGCCUUGUGCCUAUAGUAGAAAGGAUUAUUAUUAUUAUUACAAGGCAGAGAGCUGGUAGAAUUUUUAGCACAUCAGGGAAAAUGCUCAGUGGCAUUUCAUCCAUCUUACAUUCUGAUUUCAAAUUCCACUGAGGUUAACUUUGCCUUUCAUCCUUUCAGGGUCGAUAAAAUAAGUAUCAGUUGAACACUAGGGUUGAUGUAAUCAACUUAUUCCUGCCCCUGAAUUGCUGGCCUUGUGCCAAAAUUUGAAAUCAUCAUCAUUAUCUGGCUCUUAAUAUUCUCUUUAUCUUCCAACCUACUGGAAGUCAAUAAAAUGAAGUACUAGUCAAAUACUGAGGUUGAUAAUGUCAACUUACUCCCCUAUCUUCAGAAUUGUUUGCCCUGUGCCAAAAUUGAAAUCCAUCAUCAUCAUCACCAUCAUCAUUAUUUCUGUUGUUACAAUUUUUAGUAUUCACAAAUUAGAAAAUUAUCUAAAAGACUUGUGCACUUGGACCACAUGUAGUUAGAGUAUCAAACUUAAUUAAAUCAACUAAUUUGAGGCUGUUUGUAUAAAGAAUUGUAUGGUACAAACUAGUCAUGUUAUUAUGAUUGAUGAACAUUUUUCAGUUAAUGAAAAAAUUUGUAUAAUGAAAACAUGUCUCCUAUUUCACUCCAAUAAAUUUUCAUUCCAUUAGUUUCCUCCAAUAAAAAAAAAUCCUAUAAUUUUU